AUGGGUCUGGACACGGAGCGCUUUGUAGAGCCGGUGGAUCCCGAGCUGAGGUGCAAGCUGUGCGGCCAAGUGCUGGACGAGCCUCUGUCUGCUCCGUGCGGCCACGUCUUCUGCGCCAGCUGCCUGCUGCCCUGGGCGGUGCGGCAGCGGCGCUGCCCCCUGCGCUGCCAGCCCAUCUGCGUCCAGGAGCUGCACCGGGUACUGCCGCUGAGGAACCUCGUCCAGCGCCUGCCGGUUAAGUGCGACUACAGCGCGCGGGGCUGCCGAAGGCACGUGCUCCUCCGCCAAUUGGCGGCGCACGUCGAGCAUUGCGCCUUCAGCCCGGCCAGAUGCCGACCCCGCCAGGAGGAGGACUGCGCCGAGGGGCUCGACGUGCAGUUGCACAGGCGGGGCAGCGGCAUUCGGGAGGGUUGCGGGCUGGCGGCGGUGCGAAGAAAGCAACAGCAGUGGCCUGGUUGCGGCGAGGCAAGCGACGAGGAGGAUGCAGCCCGUUCUUGUUGCCCGCGCGCGUUGGGCACCCGCCGAAGCCAGUCGGCCAGCUGCCAGCAGGAGCUAAAGAGACAGGCCGUUUGCUGGCGCCAGGACGAGAAGGCGCUGCUGGGCCAGCUGGCGGCGCUGCAGAGCGAGGUGCAACUGACGGCGCUCAAGUACCAGCACAAGUUGAGCCAGUACGUGAGCCACCUUGGAACCAUCCCCAGGGACCGUGGGAGCGGGCCGCGCAGCAAGACAGAGCAGCCUAAGAUCUUCACCAUCAUGCUACACAGAGAAAAUGAUACUCUUGGAUUUAAUAUAACUGGAGGAAAGCAUAGUCAGAAUGAUCCAUUGGAGUCUGCAGAAGGGAUUUAUGUGUCCAGAAUCCUGGUAAAUGGGCCUGCUGACAAAACAGAUGGUCUGCAAAUUAAUGACAAGAUCAUACAGAUUUUCAUAGUAUGA